GUCCACAUAGUCUUCGGCGCCAUUUUCUUUUUGCUCCGUGGGAAAGUGUGUCGGACAGCAGCAUUAUUCAGUUUAUUCUGUCGCCACCGACGGUUUCUCUGAGUUGUUUCUAGCCUGGUGCAGACAUGAUCGCGGGACAGAACCCUGUGGUACAGGCGCUGUUAGGGACACUGCUAACGUGGGGCCUCACUGCGCUCGGAGCGUCGUUGGUGUUCGUCUUCACAAGUGGCAAGAGGAAAGUUCUAGAUGCCAGUCUUGGUUUUGCAGCAGGGGUGAUGCUUGCUGCCUCCUACUGGUCUCUGUUAUCUCCUGCUAUAGAGAUGGCUGAACAGUCCCAGACCUAUGGGGCACAUGGAGAGUUUGCCUUCAUUCCUGUUGCCAUUGGGUUUGCUCUCGGAGCAGUGUUUGUCUACAUGUCUGAUGUCUUCCUGCCCUACCUGGGUGUGUCAUCUCCAAAUGUUGCCCUGGCCUUGUCAUCAGAAGAAAAAUUCCACGCAGAGGAGAAAGACUUCACAACUGUUGCUGCAGAACCCCCACAGGACUCCUCAUUUUCCAUAGAAAAUGGUGAAAUGUUGUCUUCGAACACCCCAAAAGGCCCCACACACAGAAGGAAGACCUCCGAGUCCCACAAGGUGGCCCUCAGUACAGGGGAGGAAGAGGAGGAGACAUCAGUCAAUGAUGAGAAAAAAGCUGGCCAGGCUUCCAUCAGUUGGAGGAGAAUAAUGUUGUUGAUCAUUGCUAUCACUGUUCAUAACAUUCCAGAGGGACUUGCGGUUGGUGUUGGCUUUGCUGCUGUUGGUAAAACACCUGCUGCAACAUUUGAAAGUGCCAGGAAUCUGGCAUGGGGAAUUGGAAUCCAAAAUUUCCCAGAAGGCCUUGCUGUAAGUUUACCCCUGAGGGGUUCUGGGAUGUCUGUGUGGAAGAGUUUUUGGUAUGGCCAGUUGAGUGGGAUGGUGGAGCCUCUAGCUGGAGUGUUUGGUGCCGUUGCCAUGGUAAUAGCAGAACCCCUCCUCCCAUACGCUCUGGCCUUUGCAGCAGGUGCCAUGGUGUAUGUUGUUGUAGAUGACAUCAUUCCAGAGGCAAACACAAGUGGCAAUGCCAAACUGGCAUCGUGGGGGUGCAUUGUGGGAUUCAUCGUCAUGAUGUCAUUAGACGUCGGCCUAGGCUGAUGCUGAUGACUGACAAGUAAACUUAUAAUGUAUGAAUAUGAAGGGCUUGUACUUCCUCAGGUAACUAUGGUAGAAUGGAGUCUGAGUCAUAUAGCUUCCACUUUCCACUAGAGGUUGUGACCACUGAGUGAAAUAAAGAUUUCACAAUCACGCAAUAAGUUUCAUAGUUAAAGAACAAUUCUUUUACCUUUUGUGUGUUUUGUUGUCUUUUAAAUCAAACUUUGAUUUAAAAAUUCUUGCGUCAUAUUCCAGUUAUGAAAUCAAAGUCUUACAGAUCCAAUUGUGGUCACUAUACAGUCACUCAGCAAUUACCAUGUAGUGGAAAUGGGGUAGAAGCAAGGAGCUUUACCUCCAUCAAGUGUGACACAUGUACAUGUCUAGUUUUAUAACAUCGAUCACAUGUGUACUUAGGCUGUUCCAAAGUACAGUCUACUCUACAGUGGUCAUAGACUCAUAGUUAAUAUAGAUUAGAUUAUAUUGACAGAUAGAAUCUUGACAUCUUUCGGUGCCAAAUGGUAUUUUGGUGUUUUGCCCCCUUUUGUUAAUCUGUCUAUGGGUUGCUUUCUUCUUUGUGACAAACUGUGCUUUAACUGUGCUUUGUUAGAAUGUUAGCUUUAAAGUCUCCAUCAAAAAUUUCUAAUGUGUAUUCGGAAUAACAGCAAUGACGCCAAUGAGUGUACAUGUGAAAUAAAGUGUUUGCUAUAGUGUGACUGAAUAAUUUUUGAUAGACUGAAAGAUGCAAUAUUGAGUAAUUGAGAGUUAAAAUCAUACAUUUGCUGUAGUUCAUAUAUAUUACAAGAAAACAGUAUUAUGAUUUUUUUUAAACAGACAUGCAAAAAUCAUGCAAUACAAGUGUAUAAUUGUAAUUAUGAAAAUAUAUUGUUCGGUGCAUCUGGACAAAAGUAAAUAGGGAGUCUUGGAAUUUUCUUCAGAUUCUACUUUUAUCAAUGUAUUUAAAGCUGCUGAAUAAAUUAAGACAUAUCUCAGACACUUCGUGUUUCACCGUCUUUUAAUAAUGUCUUGUCUUUAUACAUAUCUUUAUAGCAGUUAUAAAACCAUUGCUCCUUGGUCUGGCUGUGAAAUGUUUAUGAUAAAAACUUAAUCAGUCAUUGUAAUCUUGUCGAUAAGGCAGACUUAUUAGUACGGACAUCAACGAAAGUUACAUUUUUAUGUCUUGUAUUAUGUCUUCGUUCUUCAUAGUGCCUUUAUUUGCAUCCAGGUAUCUAGUUCAUUGAUUGCCACAUGUAACUCCACAUCACUGAAAAAGUUUGAAGCCUGCCCUUUCUGUAUGGCGCCACGUCGUCCUUGGAGACAUGUGAAGGCUUAAGGCAUCAAAAGUAAAAAUAAACCGUCA